AUGAAACAGGGCACUGUGAAGGGUUUGGAGGUGAAAUAUUGUAAAGUGAUCGCUUCACACAUGGCCAAUUCCAUGAGCAACUACUACCUUUGCUCUUACCUCAAACUCUGUCUCUACCUCUAUUUAUACUUCUACCUCCCCGUGCUGCUCGGUGGGUUCGGUGCUUGCUGUGGGAGCUUUCCCAAGGAACGGCUCGGGGUCGGUAUCGGUGCCCUCGGCGUGGCUGGUCCUCUUGCUGCCACCGCCCUCGCGGAUGCUGCUUUCGUUGCCAGCCGCCUUCGGAGAUAG